AUGGCGUCCAAGCGUCGCCCGAGCGUCGACCUGGUCGAAGCGCAAGCUCUCGAAGCUGCUGCAGGACUGCACGCUAUCGGUGCAAAGCUCGUCUGCAUUGACUUUGACGCGACGUUUGUGACGGUCCAUACAGGCGGCCAAUGGACCUCUUCAGCUGAAGAGCUCCGAACGCACGUGCGUCAAUUCUUCUUGCUGCUCGUGCCUUUGCUGUGUGAAGCCCACGUCCAUGUGGCAAUCGUGACGUUCAGUCCCCAAGUCGCGCUCAUUCAGGACGUUUUGCGUCUCAGUUUUCCGACCUCAGUGGUCAAUCAGCUCGUGAUUCGAGGUGAUGACCGCUCGUGGUCAAUCGGUCCCCACGAGACGACCACGUUCUUGCCCUUGUGGCACACCGAAGACGGUCGUAAUCUGGACCGGAAAUUCAAGCUGCCUUUUAUGAUCUCGGCCGCUCUUGAGUGCCAAGAACGCUUUGGUGACGUCAUUUGUAAUCGAGACACUGUGCUCGUGGACGAUGAUGUGGUGAACAUUCGCGUCGCUAAUGAUAGCGGCGUGGUUGGGGUGUUGUUUGACGUAGAGAUGCACGACGUCGAGUCGUUUUGUAAACGGAUUCGGAAGCUACUUGCUCCUGAAGUCGAGCCAACGCCAUUGACCACUCCUCGGAAAAAGAAGAGUCCGUCCGUGGCGAUGCUUGUGGCCAAGUCGGAGCACAAGUUGAUGCUGUCGACGGGUGCUACUAGAGGAGCCAGGAGGCGACUUGCGGUCGCUUCGGGAAGUGGCAAACGGCCGACGGCGCUGGUGUUUAAUAUGUGUACGCCGUCACCUGUGACGAAAGUCAAGUGCAGUGUGGACAUGGGGCGCCCGCGGUCGAAGCGAGCUUCGAGGAGUUUACGAAACUACAGCAGAGAGAUGGACACGGCCUUGCCAGUAGUCGAUGAAGUGUCGACGUUUUCAAUUGCCCAUCCAGUGCCUCGUACGCCAGUGACAGUCCCAGCUUCACUGCGAGAGACGUUGGAGAUCGAAGGACUGUUGACGUCGCCUUUUAUCGACAAGGUGUAG